AUGAAUCUGCUCAAGUCGCUCAUGCUAGUAGCUCUAGCUGCGAUUGCUACGAAUGCCCACAGCCAUCAUCACGAAGACGAUGCGCAGAAACCCAUGGUCCUGGAUCCUUCGUGUCGGCAUCCGCCGUUCCAGAGCCACAUCCUGUCCAGAUCACCACUGGUCAUCUACCUCUCGGGUUUCCUGACCGCAGACGAGCAAGCGCAUCUGCAAGAUAUAACCAAAGACACAUUCACUCACUCGGCUGUUGCCGAUGCCGCGGGUGAACAGGGACUGCGGCAGACACGCACCUCACAGAGCACGAACGUACCACGCGACCAAGUCGUCCGUUGUAUCGAAGAGCGCGCGCUGUUAUUCCAAGGCUUCGACAUCCCACGAACGCAUCUCGAGCCGCUGCAGCUUGUCAAGUACUCCAAGGACCAGCACUACCACUUCCACACCGACUGGUUCACAAACCCAGCACACGCGUCCUCCGUGACGGGAGGCAACAGGCUCAGCUCGUUCUUCGCCUACGUCUCGGCCGAGAACAUAACAGGUGGGGGCACCAACUUUCCCAUGCUCGCGGCGCCGAGUAACAAGCGGUGGUGCGAGUACAUCGACUGCGAUGAGCCUUGGGAGAACGGCGUCACUUUUCGACCGAUCGUGGGCUCGGCCGUGUUUUGGGAGAACUUACUUGAGGAUGGCACCGGGGACCAGCGUGCUCUACAUGCUGGCUUGCCGGUCACGUCUGGGUCGAAGUUGGGCAUGAAUAUUUGGACUCGUCAAGGUCCGCUGAGCGACGAAAUUCGGGGGCCGGAUGUGCCAUGA